AGGAGCAAGCAAGUUUCCAAUCUUGCAAGAUGGGACUCUGGCUGGUUCUGCUGCUCUAUCAGCUCGCACAGAUUUGGAACAGCUCUGAGGUGGCACCAAGAAAUUGUCCCAUCCGCUGCCUCCAGAUCUCCUCCUUUGCCAACAGCACUUGGUGGCGCAGAGAUGUUCUGAUGUGGCUUAGGGAGCUGCAGACACACUCCUGGAGGAAUGGCUCAGAUACCAUCCGCUUUCUGUAGCCCUGGUCCCAGGGCAGCUUCAGCCACCAACAGUGGGAGUAGCUGAGGCACAUACUGAAGGUUUAUAAAAGCAGCAUUACCAGGGAUGGGCAGGAAUUCUCCAUCAGGAUACACAAAGACUAUCCCUUUGAGCUCCAAGGGGCUGCGGGAUGCGGGGCAUACCCUGGAAAUGCCUCCGAAACCUUUUUACAUGUAGCACUUGAUGGAAUGCAUGUAGCAAGUUUCCAGGGAACUUCCUGCGUAUCAACACCACAUGCUCCUAUUUGGUUAGAUCAGGCCAUUAAAGAGGUGAACAAAGACCAAGGAUCGAGGGAAAUGGUGCAGUCAUUGCUCAGUGAUACCAGUCCUCAGCUCGCCAGCGGCCUCAUUGAGGCAGGAAAAUCAGACCUGGAGCAACAAGUGAAACCUGAGGCCUGGCUGUUCCAGGACCCCAGCCCUGGGCCUGGCCACCUGCAGCUGGUGUGCCAAGUCUCUGGCUUCUACCCAAAGCCCAUGUGGGUGAUGUGGAUGAGGGGUGAGCAGGAGCUGCCUGAAACUCAGAGAGGGAAUGAGCUGCCCAAUACUGAUGACACGUGGUAUCUGGGAGUGAUCCUUGAUGUGGUGGUGCAGGAGGCAGCUGGACUGUCUUGCCGAGUGAAGCACAGCAGUCUAGGAGGGCAGGAUAUCCUGAUCCACUGGG